AAGAUUAACUUUUCCUAAUGGAGUCUAUUCUUCUUCCAAUAACCUCAUUGUUGAUCAUACCCUUUCUUCUACUCAUCAUUGUUAGUCUGACUCUUCCGAUACUACUGAGUAAACCAAAGGAUUUGAACAGUUACAAGUUUCUUCCUACCCCUCCAAAGCAUCCCAUUUUGGGUCACUUAUACCAAAUCCGCAAGCCUCCACUUCACCGUGCUUUAUGGGAACUCUCUCAAAGAUAUGGUCCUAACAUGCUUCUGUAUUACGGUCGUGUACCUGUACUCGUAAUCUCUUCGGUCGAAUCUGCGAAACAAGUCUUGAAAACCAAUGACGUUGAUUUUCGAAUUAAAUCUUCUUUGUUGGUUAGCAUUCAACGUCUUUCGUACAAUUAUCUAGACGUCAUAUUUGCACCUUAUGGAGAGUACUGGAGAGAGAUACGAAAAGAAUGUGUUCUUGAAUUUCUUAGUGUCAAGAAAGUGAAAUAUUUCGGGUUUGUGAGAGCAGAGGAAGUUGCAUAUAUGGUUGAUGGUGUCUCUAAGUCAUCUUAUUCUAAUACUCCUAUAAAUCUAUCUGAGAAAGUAAGGUCACUUUCUGCUCAGAUCGUCUUUCGGAUUGUUUUCGGAAAUGGUUACGAGAUUAGAGAAUUAGCAAAUGGUAAAUUUGAAACUCUUUUCGGAGCUAUUGAAAUGGUUGGUAGGCUUUCUGCGACCGACGUUUUCCCGAUGGUAGGUUGGAUUAUCGACAGGCUCACUGGAUCGCACGCAAAACUUGAGAAGAGCUUCCACGAUUUGGAUGCCUUUUACGAACAAGUCAUCAACGAUCAUCUCAGGCUUGAUGCGAGGUCGAAAUUGGAGCAUGAGGAAGAUCUUAUAGAUGCUUUAAUGAAACUAGAAAAGGAGCAGUUUGGAUCAUUUGGUUUCACCAAAGCUCAUAUCAAGGGAACUAUUACGAAUCUUUUGAGUGGAAGUGAGAAUACUUCUAUUCCGAUUACUUGGGCAAUGACAGAACUGAUUAAGAACCCUGACUCCAUGAAAAAAGUGCAAGAAGAAAUCCGGAAGUUCCUAGGAACGAAGGGAAAGGUGGACGAAGCUGAUCUUGAACAUUUUAUUUACCUGAAAAUGGUAGUGAAAGAGACUCUACGACUUCACCCAUCUUCUCCGAUACUGAUCCGGGAACCAAGUACUGAGAACGGUAAGGUUAACAUGUGCAAACUAAAAUCUAAAACGAUGAUCCUUAUAAACACAUGGGCGAUGGGGAGAGAUCCUGAGUACUGGGAGAAACCAGAUGAAUUCCUCCCUGAGAGGUUCAUCGAUAACUCUAUUGAUUUUAGAGGGUCAGAUUUCGAGUUCUUACCGUUCGGAGCAGGUCGACGGGUAUGUCCUGCGAUUAACUUAGGAAUCGCAAUGGUGGAGCUCGUACUCGCAAAUUUACUAUACAGUUUUGACUGGGUAUUGCCAAGUGGGAUGAACAAAGAAGACAUAGAUAUGGAAGAAUCAAUGGGUAUUAACGCUCGGAAGAAAAUACCUCUUUUACUUGUACCCAUCAAGUAUAAUUGUUCUCCAUGAUUUCUGUUUUUGACUGUGAUUUAUCUCAUUCAAGAACCAAAUGGUCUGAAUCAUAUUGGGAAAUCAUGUGUAGGAAGUUCUUUUCAUGUCCAUUUAAACUUUAAAA